GAGAAGCUCAACGUUUGUACCUAAUACGGCUUCCAUAGCACGUUGCAGUUGAGGGGUGGGGCUUCAUGACGCGCUAAACCAAACAGCCAGUCAGCUACCGAGCUAGAUAGCCGCUGUUGAGUCCAGCAGCACACACAGGCGAGCUAGCGUCUUACCUUGGAGCUGGCGUAACACGACGCGGCAACUUCCACGCGAGGGCCGGCGAAGAGUCUCGAGCAGGUAUGUUUGGAGCUGUGGUGGUGGGCAUUGGUACAGCAGGUUGGGUGAGGAUCAGAGACAUAUUAGCUCCUCUGGAGGGCAGUUAUGCUGAGAAACUCCAUGUCAAAGGAUUCGUUUCCAGGAGAAGUCUCGACAGUCAACAAGGAGUGAGUCAGAUUUCAGUCGAAGAGGCCCUGAGCAGAGAAGACAUUAAUGCGGCGUUCAUCUGCACUGAGAAUGCAUCACAUGAGGACGGUGUAAGAACCUUUUUGCAGGCAGGUAAACAUGUCUGCGUGGAGUAUCCCAUGGCGCUAAACUACAAAACUGCUGUGGAGCUCUGGAAUUUGGCGCAGGAGAAAGGGGUGAUUCUUCAUGAGGAGCACAUCGAACUUUUUUCAGAAGAAUACAAACAGCUGAAGAGAGAGGUCGAAGGGAAAAGCUUGCAGGAAGGAAUGCUUCAUUUUACAGGUGGCGUUCUGAAGCCUGGGUUCGGCUUCAUGGCAUUUAGUGGCAUCGCUCGCCUCACCUGGUUGGUUGAGUUGUUUGGGGAGCUCUCUGUAACCACAGCAAAACUGGAACAGGAUUUGGGCAGCAACUACAGCAAGAUGACUGCAAAGAUGCUAACUGCUGACAAAAAAUCUUUGACAUGGAUUGAGGAACGAGGACCAGGCCUCCCGAGAGCCAAGAAAAUCAACUUUCAAUUUGAGUCCGGACCACUAACUCAAAUCCCUCCAUCACCCAGAGGGCCAGUGGGUCUUUUCAUGCAAGAUCUGAUACAGUUCUCCUCCAAGCUGAUGGGCCGAGUGAGCCCAGAGGAGCUCCGCAAAGAGAAAAACAGGAUCCUCCACUGCUCUGAACUGGCAGAGAGAAUACAGCGAUUCUGCCAGAGUUAAACGGGUUUCUCCAGUUUACAGUCGUCAAUACUGAUAUUGACUUUUUCCAAACAAAUAUUGUGUAUAGAGGUAAAAGCAAGGAAGGAUGCCAGCUGAUUGGGCUAUUUAAACAGUAUAUCAUUUGUAACGGAUCAGUGCAUACAAAACAUGAUGACAAUGAUGAUGUUGAAAUGUAAAACAAAUAAAAACAAGAUACU